CUUCUUUGUCUUUUCCCCCCUUUUCUUUUUUCUUUGUUGUUAAUGUCUCAUUUGAUGAAAGAAGGCAUUCUGUCUGUUGAAAUCGAGCCUAAGGCCAGCUAUUUAGACUUUACAGGCUCUAUCAAAGAGCCCCUCAAGUCAACCUCUGAAGACGGUAUUGUCAGCCAUAGCCAGCUCUUGCGAGGUCGAGUUCGACUCAAGUUGGAAAAAUCAAUCAAGAUCAAGUCCAUGUCAGUCAAAUUCAAAGGCGAAUCACUUGUCAACCACACCUCCCAAGUGCCUAACAAUCAAUACCAUAGCUACCAGCAACAACAGCAAUACCAUCCUCAACAGGAUGUUUCUGCACCUAUUCUGCCUAAAUUAAAAACCAAAGUGCUCCAAAAAUCUUCUAUUUUGGAAGAAGGCGAACACUCGAUUCCCUGGGAAAUUGAAAUUCCCAACAUUUAUCCUCGAAGUUUCUCUAACAAACGAGGUGUUGUACGAUACAAAGUUGAAUUGAAGAUGGCAGUGGGUUACAACAGAACAAUCACAGCAAGUAAACCUAUCCUUAUAUGCCGCCAUCUAUUACCUUCCAAAGACAUGGUCAUGAAUGUAUCUACAAAGCGAUAUGAAAACACAAUUCCAAACGGGUUUAAUUUUGAGAUCGAGACGCCUAAAACAAUUUGCCUGGAGCAAGGCUAUAUGCCUGUUUUACUCAAGUUCAAUUGUAUUAACAACAAACCUGUAAAAUUCAUUUAUACUCAAUUUAUUCAAGCGGAAAUAUAUAGAUGCCGCAAUGUGUCCAAAGCAGAAGCCGAUAUGGCUAUCAUGGCUAGCAAAAAGAACAGUACGAUCGUUGGAAAACAGUUGUAUAAAUCGUAUAAGAAUGGCGAUAUUGGCCUGUCCAAAUUCUUUAGACGUGUUCAACCUGUAACAUUGAACACAAUUGACUUGACCGACGAAUUUACUUCAAUGCCCUUGUUACUCAAACAUAAUCUCGAUACGACAUUAACGAAUACAAUUGAGUCCCCUCUUGUGGUUGUUUUACAUCAGUUAGAAAUCACAUUCAAUUUCGGACAAGAGCAGGAUGAGAUUCGUGCCAAGGUGCCAGUGGCAGUAACUUCGAUACCAGAUGCUUCAGGUUCAAGCAAUAGCAGUAUAUACAGUACAGGCUCAACAAGUACAGUACAGAAAUACACCAUGGAAGCUCAGUUACACAAAGGUCCUCUCUCGAUUGAAAUCGUAGAUACGUCUGCUAAACGAACCGAGCACCACCGAACCACAUUGGAUGAAUCGACCAUCAGUUCACUCAAAGACAAUUUACUAUUGAAUUCGUCUGACAGUGAAAAAAGCAUCAAGAAAUCAGCAUCAGACCAAAACUUGCGAAGAGUAAGAACAGCCUCUGUCAAGAGCAUGGAAGUGGCCGUCAAGAAAGCUAGCAACAGACGAUCAAUUACACCACCUCCAAAUUCACUCAGAAUAGCUAUCAACAAAGCAGCUUCCAUCAAUGGUGAAGCCAAGCCCAGAAGCCAUUUAGAAAUCGUUACAAAAAAAAGUAACAAAUCCUUAGAUGAAAGAUAUACUGUUCAAACACCUAAAUCAGCGACUGCUACCACAUUCUCUUCUUCAGUAUCACUGAGCGAUAAGGCAUUGCAGCCCUUUAAUACCUUUGUUGGCCUUCCUCCUCCUCCUAGACGCGCACGCAACAAGAAAGAGUCAACAGCCAGCGAAACAAGUGGGCGUGUUGGGCUUACUAGAACCUUGACCAACAGUAGUUCCUCUUCUACAUCUUCUCGAGCUAAUUCAAUCAGCUCCUCUGGUUUUCUACAAACGACUGAUUCCCUCACUUCACCUGAUACAUCAUCAUUCUCACCCCUUUCUCCUGGUAACAACAACACCAAUAGCAAAUCAAAACAGUUGCUAAAUUCGAGCAAGAGUACAAAUACAUCCAAUUCGUUUUCUUCCACUACUUCUUAUUACCAAUCAAUCAAGAAAAGAGCCAACUCUAUCGAUACAAACCAGUUUCCUACCAGUCCAACACAGUCGUUUUCUUCUAGCCUACUAGACCACGAUGGCUUAAGCUCAGGACCUUAUUUCGCUGUUGACCUUCCUCCUAUCCCUUCUCCUCCUGCUAUCACUCGACAAAGACUACCCUCUAUUCCACUCAACUCCCUUAAUCUCAGUGAAAAAGAUGAGCAUAGGCUUACUAAAAUGUAUUUCGAAGAUGAAAGUGAUGAAGAUGGAGAAAUAGACAAUUAUGAUUUUAUGUUUGAUUAAUAUGUAAAUAGACUGAAUAAAGUAUAG